AUGAAAUUAUCAUACUGUUUUUCAUUUAUUAACUCUAAUUUUCAGUUUUUAGAUUUGUAAAUUAUAAUUCCUUAAUAUUUUACUAAUUAGUAAAACAUAAGAUUUUUUUUUAAUUAAAAUAGAAGUUUAAUAUAGAUAGAUUUAGUGAAUAAAGACAUGCUUACGGCGUCGUAAAUUUAAAUGGAUGCUUUCUUUGCAGUUCAUUUUCUUUAUGAUAAAGUCUUAUAUUUUUGCUUCUUAUUUUAGCUUUUGUAUUUCAUAGCUUUCGAUGAUAAAUCAAUUACAUAAUGGAUAAUAUGGUCAGUUAUUGGUACAGCAAUCAUGAUUGAAAAUUUUUUGAACUUUUUAUACAUCUACAAGAGCAUCGAGAUAAAGAGUAAGUCUCUCGCUUACAUUCUAUGCUUAUUUAACUUAGGAGAGAUACCUUUACUUUAAAUUCACAAACAUAAUAGGUUUGAAUGCUUCAUGAAAUACAGAUUAAAUUUAAAAAGAUUAGUUUUUUAUGUAGUCGAAGUGGCUGGAUCUAUCACCCUUGCUUUCUUAUUAGAUCCAAAAUAAUUAAUCAUACCUUUGUUAGCAUAUUUUUACCCUAUUUAGAUGACUUUGGGUUCUUUAUUUUAGCCUAAAAUAUUUAAAAAUAAACAUAUUCUAAAAAGUGCAUGGAUAAAAUUGUUUUUAGAAACUGUUGGAUAAAUAGGACAGUAAGGAUUAGUACUAAUCUAUAUUAUUCAUGAUUCUUAAUCUUUAAUUAAUAUGGUUAUUAUAAAUUUAGGGCUCUCUGUUAUAUUUUUAGCUUUUACAGCUUAGUUUAUUUCUAAGAAUUACAAAGAUUGCUACAUUUAUUUUUUCUAUUUCAUUGUAUUUUUUGGAUAUUUUGUAGAUAUUAGGAUUCCUUGUGUCUUGUAAGCCCGAAUUAUUGAUCACUUAGAAGAAUGGUAAAGAAACUCAAUAGUUUUUCUAUAGCUUACAUAGAUUGUGUAUGUAUUUGUUUAAUUUUUCAUUUAGCACUUUAGAAUAUUUAAAGACGAAAGUAUAUGCUUUUCUAUAUAGGCACUAAUAAUUUUGGCAUUGUCUAUAUUUUAAAUUAUAAUGAAGAUAGUUUCUCUUAUUGAUUAUGUGAUACUAAGCUACUUCAAAGGACCAAAAAUAAUAAGAGUAAAUAGUUUUUAACAAUUGAAAGAACUUACAAAAGAGUACAAAAACAGUGAAAAAAGAUUUAAAAGAUUAAAAUUUCUAAUUAUUCAGUUUGAUAUAUACUACUUAAUUAGAUCCUUAUCUAUUAAAAAAAUAGAUUAGCUUAUUUAAAAAAUUCUACUCUUCUACUUUUAAAAGGCUGAGAUAGUAUCAUUAAAAAAUUAUUUUCAUAGAAUGAAUAUAAGUGAUUCUAAAUUCACAUACUAAGAGGUCCUAUUAUAAGGAUAAUUUGAUUAUGAUUUUAUAUAAAAAAAGAUAGGUUAAUAUGAAAUAUUAGAUGAAAUAAAAACUAUUUAGUUUUACAACAAUUUUGUAUUAAUUCAAAUAUUUAAACUGCUUUUUGAAAAUUUGAUUUUAUAUAAUUAAAACAUUAUCUUUUUUUAAGGAAUAUAAAAAUAAUUACAAUAAAUAUCUUUAGAAAAUGAGUAAUUUCAACUAUAAAUCGUAGCCUAUAAAAAAUAUCUAAGCAGAUAUUUUAAUAUUAAUCCUGUUUAAAUAUUAUAUGAUUUGUACUUAGAUCUUGCUAUUAAUAUAUGA